AUGCACACUCUCUCAGGUGCAACUUGAUCAUCAAGGCUCCUACCUUAGCAGAAGGUCUCUGGUGUGAAGGACAGUGCUCAGUGGAUGAAAUGCCUUUCCUUCAUUUUAAUAACAUAAACAAGACCAUGACUUCAAGUAACCCAGGGAAGAUGGCCAAUACCACUGAAGUGCAGAAAUGUCUGACACAACAUCUGGAAGAUCUGGGCCAGGAGUUGAGGGACAAGGUGUCUAACACCAAAGUGGACACUCACAAGACCCAUGGUUACCCACCUUCACAAGUCACCAUGCUUUGUCAGCACAGCCUGGGACAAAUUAAUACUGCCAUCUGGAAAUUCAACAUCAGUGACAAUUACUUCUUCACCUUCGACACAAUGAAUAUGAGCUGGAGACCGACUAAUGAUGAAUCAGGGGUUGUCAUGAAUAAAUGGAAAGAUGAUGGGGAAUUUGUGAAACAGUUGAAAUUCUCCAUAGCCGAAUGCAGUCAGAAAAUCGAUGAAUCCUUAAUGCAGCCCAAGGAAAAACCAAGAUCAACCUCAAAAUCCCCCAGUAUCGCACAGCUGACAUCAACUACCCAGCUUCCACCUACAGGCCACUCUACUUAUAUGGAAGUAUAUAUCUCUGUGGGACUCAUCCUAUUAAUAAUUAUUUUCAGUUGCAUUUGCAUCUCCUUGAGGAGGGAACAUCAUACCCAAGGAGACAGAAAUCGUCAGCUGCUCGGGGUCUGUUGCAUCAAUUGCCACAAGCCACAGAGGAAAGAGGGGCCUAAGGAGACAAGAGGAGAGGUUCCCAACCAGACCACCCAAAUGUUGUCUCAGGAGGAAGAGCCCAAGGCAUGCAGAAGCCAGAGGAGUGCAUCGGAUCCUGUGGAACUGGAGUUACAGUUGGUUUCCAAUACUGGGAACUGA